CUUUGCUAGACACAUUCCGGCUGUAACCAGACCAUAUAUUCAAACCAUCAUUGCUCGCGGGACGGCUAUUACGUCGCCAAUUUUGAAACGAGGGCCAAUCUGCCCUAGUACUCUGUGUUCAUCUGAUUGAACCUUUCUCUGCUACCACAACACUCCUGCAUCGGAAAUGAGGCAUAUGCGCAACCUCCUCUCGACGGCGCAAGUUUUGCGCCAGGUCUUCUUUCCGCCCCAACGCAUUGUUCGGCCACAAUAUCUCCAACCCUCGCCCAUCGGGGUUCGAACGGCGAAAUGGACAAAAUCGGCACCGACAGAAAAGAGGGAUAUAAAACUCAUUAAAGACGAAGGCAUCGCCUCCGAAUGGGUCCAGCUCGUGAACGAGGAGGGCAGCCUGGAUCCCCCCGUUCGGCGUUCGAAUGUUCUCAAAAACAUCGAUCGAGCCAAAGAGUUUCUGAUCAAGGUCAGCGAGGGAAUAGAUGGCGCGCCUCCGGUUUGCAAGAUUGUGAACAAAGUGGCUCUUCGGGAGCAAGAAAAGGCCAAAGCCAAGGCGGCUCAUGCUGCUAAAACCUCCUCUAAGCAAUUGGAGUUCAACUGGGCUAUUGACGGUCAUGAUCUCGACCACCGGCUGAAAAAGAUCACCGAGUUCAUUGCCAAGGGCUACAAAUUGGAGAUUGUCCUCAUGAGGAAAAAGGGCAAGCGUGCCCCCAAGCCGGAGGAGGUGCAAAACCUUAUGGAAAAGGUGGUGGAAACUAUCAAAGAGGCUGAUGGGAUGCAAAUCAAACCAAUGGAGGGAGAGCCGGGGCGUGCUGUUACUAUUACUGUGAAGAAGAAGCCGGACAACUAGUUGACUUGGCUGGCAUGGUAGAUUCGGGCCAUGUUCUGUAUAUUAGACGAUUCUCAACAUCUGUAGAUUCCUGCAUUGCAAUAGUUAUGACGGACCCGG